AUGGACCGUGAACAAGGCGAUGUCGGAUGGUUGCUGAACUCCAGCCCAAAGUCUGCGGGUGAUGCCCCAGCCACUGCACCAGCGCCUACCCCAGCGUUUCCACAGAAGCGCCUCUUUUCGUCUUCCAAAAAGCAAGGCUUCGACUUUCGAGGUUUCGUCUUGACCUGGUUCGAUGAGCAACUCAAACGAGUGCAGCCAUGGGAUCAUUUCACUGACACCGCCAAAGUUUCGAUUCCGAAGUCGGCCCAAGAGAUGACCAACAGGAUUCAGUCGAACGCGAACCACUUCCGCACGAACUACGGCAUCAUUUUCCUCAUAGUCCUGACAAUUUACGUCAUCUCCAGCAUCCAGCUUUUCAUGAGCGUGGCCGUGAUAGCCGCCGUGGGCGCUGCCCUCAAGGUCUACGAAGACGACGAUGUUACGGCUGUGUGGGGCACAAGGAUAAUGCUCAGCAAGAACGAGAGGAUAACUGCACUGGUGUUCGUGACGUUCCUUCUCCUGUACACCGCGGACUUUAUGUCCGCCAUGAAGUGGUCUUUUGGCAUCUUCAUGGCCAUCGGCAUAACCCAUGCCACCCUGUAUGCCGGAGUCAGCUCCAGCGUCAAGUCAGCCACAAACCUCCCGGAUGUUACCGAUGAAGGGGACAUUAUGGAGCACUUCUAA